AGCACUGGCUUUGCCAGGUCCACAGCCAUAGGGCAACAUGUGGGGCACCACAGGAGUGCCUGUGGCUACCCAGGGCUGGUCACAAUGCAAGCAACAGGUCACAUGGGGCAAGCUGGGGCACCAAAAGCUUCCAGAAGAGGCAAGAAAGCAAAGAAGGGAAAUACCUGGUGGCACCAGAGGAGGUUAUGAGACUCUGUGCAUUAGGGUCAGUCAUAUCAAGGUAAAGAGAAGUGUCUGAUGUGGGCAGGUGAAACGGAUUUGCUUUGUUAGGAGCAAAGGGAAGAUGGAAUAGAAUGUAGAAUGUUUUGUUCUCUGAAUGGCCCAGUUAGUUUGACACUAAAAUUUUAGCCACAGAUUUUCAGGAUAUAGAUGAAAUAGCUCUACGGCAAAUGAGUUAUCACUAACUUCCUGAUUGUAAUGAUUCAUGCACUUCCUUUCAAAUUCCAUUUUUCCUUCUCAUGUGCUCUAUAGCCUAUUUCCAGAAAGAACAUCUAUUACACCAGUCUUUACUAGGUAAGUGUUACUUUUCUUAGCCAGUUGUUUCUGUUCUGCUUUCCUUUUAACAGGAACAUGAAACAAUUAAAAAUUAGUCAGUCCACAUUGUACCUUUUUUUGCUCUUUUUUCCAGAAACAUUGAGUAGAUGUGGCCAUAGGAGGCAACUCCUCUGCACAGGGCAUUUCUGUAGCUGUAAUGUAGUUUCCAAUGUCUACUAUUAGGUAAUACCCAUGUCAUCCUAAUAUUUUCUCUGUGUAAAAGAAUCAUGUUUUGGAGGUGCUUUGACACAUCAUAAAGGAAAUGGAAAAUCCUGUUUGUUACCAUUUACAUUUGCCUGAAACUGGUAAGAGGAUAUUAAUGGUUUACAGCUUGAAAAUUAUCACUAGCAGUGGCUUUUAUUUAAUCACUCCUAUUAUUUUCAAAGGCUUGUUUGAAUUCUUAAUUAUUAGUGUACAUACCGCCUCUAAAUUUCCAUCUCAUAAUAUUCUUUAGUAAUAUUCUUUAGUGUGGAACUUUCAGGUGAUGUUAAAAUAAUAAAAGAGCUCAGCUCCCUCCUUCCUCUUUGCUUUUGUAUGUCUCAGCUUACACUGCUUUCCAGUCUUUGAUGAGUCAUUGCAUUUACUUUGUACUGAUACUUUUACGUUUCAGGCUGGAGCAUUGAUUUUGGUUUCCUUGUUUUCUGAUCCAAAAUUUUUUUUCCCCUGUAGAUAUCACUGGAUUUCUGUCAGAUCAGAGAAACCCUCUUUUCUAAGCUGUGAUUUCACAGGAUAUGGCAUGCAGGGCUCUGAUAGUACCAACUCCAGCUCUCCACCCUCCUCCUCAGCCAACUACUGCCACUUGCAGCAGAGAGACCAGGAAGAGAUUUCCUUCUGCACCUUCUCUGACUUCCUUCUCCUGUUCUGCUGCCUGCCUUGCUGCCAGCAAAGGAAAAUAUCAGGCAGCUGUGAAGAUGACCGUGGUCUCACACCCUGUGGUUUCCUCCUCUGGGUGGUGAUCAUUUGUCCUCAUGCCUCUUCUCAGUGAACCCAUGAGCUGUCAGUGACACUCUCUCAACCCGUGUUUCACUCCUGCCAGUGGAACCACCACAGGAGGAGCAGUGUGUUGGUGAAGGGAUGUUGCCUUUCCUCACCUGCUGCUGCUACUUGCAUAAGAAGAAAAAAACCUAACCCUUGCAUCUUUUCAUUUUCCUUUACUUACCAUGGAGCCAAGCCUGCAGAGGUGGACAAAGGAUAAUUAAAUCCUGAUGAGCCAGCAGACUUGGCACAAAACCAAGAAGAACCUUGACAUAUUGAAAGGCAUUGUAAAAAAUUGGGAAGCGUUAACCUCAGAUGAUUUUUGUGAUGAUGAGAAGAUGAAAGUUGGAGACACAUAACUGAAUUAGUGUUUGUAGAUAUGCAGCACUUAUGAAGUUAAAUCAAAGUAUCAUGUUCACUGUAGUUAAAGUGGUUAAUAUUUGCCAGAUUGGCUUGAGGCAUUUUGAUGUAAUGUGAAGAUAACAGUGGCUCAGCGUGCUUACACGGAUGAAAUGAGAUGUACUCACGUCCAAUGCUUUUCACAGAAACACACCAUCAGCACCGUUUCUCUUUAACCUGCAAAAUCUUAUUUUACUAAUACCUUCUACAGAUUAUGUUGUAACAGGGCAGGAAGUGAUUCAUUUUAGACAUAGAAAUGUAGUUAUACUUCAAAGCGCUUUAUCACGUUUCUGUUACAACUUUACGUACAGCAAGUGGGUAAAACUUCAACAGCAUUUAGUUGUAUGAAUUAGUUCCGUGGGCUAUGCCCACUGUGGCAGCAGAACUAUUUGUCAGCAGAAUUUCUUCUCACAGCCUACUCUUAUCAGAAGACAGAUGCGAUUACUAACCUAAAAUGGUAUGUGAAAACAUAUGUUGUUUUGGAGCUGCUUGGUUACUGCGGAGGAUAAAUAGCUCCUGACCCUAACCCGGAUCUUUUCAUGAAAAAAGAGCGGUGUCCCUAUGCCUUAUAAAGGCAUGGGCAGGCUUAUUCCAGCGCUCAAGAAGGGGCGGUGGCGAGUUUUUUUUUUUCCAGCAGCGGUCGCAGGCGAAUGAAGAAGUUGAGCUGAAACUGCGAACACUUCAUCCCGGCACUGAGCGGCAAAACUCAGUCAAGAGAGGAGGAAGCAGGUGAAAUUAAAAAAAAAAAAAAAGAAAGAAAGAAAGAAAAAAAAAAAAAAGAAACCCACUUGGUCAUGGGGAAAUCAGCUUCCAAACAAUUUGCUGAAGAAGUCUUGAAAGUACACAAUGACUACAGGAAGAAACAUGGAGUCCCCCCAUUAAAACUCUGCAAGAAGUUAAACAGAGGAGCCCAACAGUAUGCAGAAGAACUGGCUACUACGAGGGUCCUCAAGCACAGCUCUGAGUCUGCUAAUGGGAAUUGUGGAGAAAACCUGGCAUGGGCAUCCUAUGACCAAUCAGGAAAAGAUGUGGCUGAUAGAUGGUACAGUGAAAUAAAAAAUUACAGCUUUCAAAACCCAGGGUUUUCUUCUAGGACAGGUCACUUUACAGCAAUGGUUUGGAAGAACACAAAAAAGAUGGGAGUUGGAAAGGCAUCUGCUAGUGAUGGCUCAACGUUUGUGGUGGCUAGAUAUGAUCCAGCUGGAAAUGUAGUAAAUCCAGGCUAUUAUGAAGAAAAUGUUCUUCCUCCAAGAAAAUAACUUUUUUUUUUUUAAGGUAGUCUUAUUGCUUAAUGACAAGUGAACUUGGAUUUGGACCUAACAGUGUAGAAAUGAAGCCCAAUUCAAUGAAAUCUCCUCUUUGAUACUUCUGUUCAUGUCUCAGUGUGCAGGAAGCAAUUACCUUUUGCUUGAGUCAAUCUGCACAUCAGGCCCCUUCUGUUUAUGAGGGAACCUCAAUUUAUUUGAGGAUGAACUAUAAGCAGCAUUUCUGAAGGAUAAGAUGGGGAAGAUUUUUUUCUAAUUGUUUGCAUGAGCUCUGUGUCAGCAUGUGAGUAAGCACAUGUUGGAUGUCUAUUUUUUUUUUUUUGAACCAACAAAUGUAUAGCUUUCUGUAAACUGAAGAUACCAGCUUGUAAUUAUAUUAUGUACUCCCAACUGUCCAGCACUUUUUAAUAACUGUACCUUGGUUGCUCUGUCUUUACCUCCUGCUGUUGUGGGACCUACUCUCUGCAGAUGGAACAUAUGCAAAACUUCCUGUAUGAAAGGUACAUGUGUAAAAUGUAGUGGAAUUCAGACCUGUGUGUUUUUAUUAAGAGGCUGUCACAGAACACUAAAAGGCUGCUGGCAAAACUGUGGCCAUCAAGCAAGCUGUAACUAAUGCAUGAUCUAAAAGAAAACCCCUAAGGUUUUAAAAUCUCAUUUUAGAUGCUGAUAUAUAAAAUAUGUUUGAGAUUAGUAUAUUUUUUGUUCAAAGUGUAUCCUACAGUUUACAGUAUGUACCUUGUAUUAUAAUCAAAUUGUUUACUUUCAUUGCAUAAAAAUAAGAUUCUACUUUUUUGGUAUUUAUGCACAAAAAAAGUUUAUCUGAUGGUGUACUUUGGAUUUUAUUUCUCAGUAACUUAUUUUUAUUUCCUGAGGAAUAUCUCUUAAAGGUGUCAUGCUAUACAGGCAAUAACAUUCCAAAAUCAUCUCAUCUCCUUUAAUAAUGUAACAGUAGGGGUAUUCACAUUGUCAUAAUUAAGAGAUGUAUGCUCUUUAUUCAUAUUAUUCAAUAAUAGUACUAUUUCACAUGCUGGAUUGAUGCCUUGAAAACAAUGAAGAUUUAAUUUCCUUAAGAACAAGCCAAGCAAAAAUUCUGGGGACACUCUUAUCUCUGAUUAAAUGUGGAUUAGGCCAUUUUGGCAUACUCUUCUACAAUUUGGGGGUUUAUUUUCUUUAUAAAAGUUUCUAUUGACUUUUGCUGGGAUUCUGUAUGCCAUAAUCUGGUUCAUGGACAGUGCCAUGACAGAAAUACUUUUUUUUUGUUUACACAGUUGUAAUAAACUUCACUCUUGAUUAUAUGUCACUGUGAUGCUGUUUGUUACAACUUUUUUGCUGUAACCAAGAAUUUGACACGUAUCAUGAACAACUGAAAAAUAAAUAUUUUUGAAUAUGAACUA